GUGGAGAGCAGCCCGGAGAGCAGAGUUUCAGUGGGGCCUCUGGUCAUGGCCUCACUGCGCUUUGCCAGCCCCAGGCUGAGGAACUACUUCAAGGAGAACUACAUUCCUCAAGUCUGCGAGGCCCUGUUAUGUGGUCUACUUGCUACAUGUCCUGAGGAUCCCCUGAAGUAUUUAGAGGAAAUGAUCAUUGCUAUAAUGGAAAAUGGCCUUGAAAGUCUUCUCUGGGAUAUAUGCAUUGAUCCAUCAAUGAAACCCAAAAUUCGGAGACUGUCUGAAACUUACUUGGAACAACUUUUUGGACUGGAUGAUCAACUGAUGACUCCAGAAUUAAUGAUAAAAGCAUGUACUUUUUAUACUGGACGUUUACUAAAGACCCACUUUUGCAUGUGGAGAGAGACAAUGACACCUUGCACAAAUGAAGUUGAAAUUCUGGCUGAACAAAUGGAAAGAGCAAGAGAAUAUGACAAUUUCAGACUUCAAAAAUGUGUAUUUCAUCACUGGCACUCUUAUGUGAAACAUCAGAAAGAACAACGUAAAGAUACACUACAGCGGAUUCAACAGAUAAUCUACUGCCGCAGGCUAGUAACUAUCCUAAUUAAAUGGAGGGAUAAAGCAAAACAGAAGUAUAAAAAGAGAGAAGAUGAGCUGAUGUUAAAGCAUGAACUUCAAUUUAAAAAAUGGAAAAGCAAGGUAAAAGUCAACGUAAAUGCUAAAGAAGAAUCCAUUUCUCCUGAACACUGUGUGUCUGAAGUCUCUCUUAUAAGUGAGAUUCCUGAAUUUGACAUUUCAGAAUUUCCCAAAAGAGCAUUAUUACAGAUUUUCUCCUACCUUAGUUUAAGAGAUGUGGUAAUAUGCGGUCAAGUUAGUCGCUCCUGGUUGUUGAUGACACAAAUGAGCUCACUGUGGAAUGGUAUUGAUUUUUCCACAGUAAAAAAUAUAAUCACAGAUAAAUAUAUAGUGUCUAUUUUGCAAAGAUGGCGUCUCAACGUACUGCGCUUGAAUUUUCAUGGUUGUCUUCUCCGACUAAAAACUUUGAGAUCUGUCAGCCUCUGUAGAAACUUGCAAGAGCUGAAUGUCUCUGAUUGUCCAACACUCACGGAUGAAUCAAUGAGAUACAUCUCUGAGAGCUGUUCUGGAGUCCUGUAUCUCAAUCUAUCUAACACAACUAUCACUAACAGGACGAUGAGACUCCUGCCGAGGCACUUCCACAAUUUACAAAAUCUUAGUCUGGCUUAUUGCAGAAAGUUCACAGACAAAGGUUUACAGUACCUGAAUUUGGGGAAUGGAUGCCACAAACUCAUCUAUCUGGACCUUUCCGGCUGCACCCAGAUUUCAGUCCAGGGCUUCAAGAACAUUGCAAACAGCUGCACUGGGAUUAUGCAUCUGACCAUCAAUGACAUGCCUACUCUCACGGACAACUGUGUAAAAGCUUUAGUUGAAAAAUGCCAUCGUAUUACAUCAGUAGUUUUCAUUGGUGCACCACAUAUCUCCGAUUGUACUUUCAAAGCUCUUUCUAACUGUGACCUCAGAAAGAUCCGAUUUGAAGGAAAUAAAAGGAUUACUGAUGAGUGCUUCAAACUUAUAGACCAGAAUUAUCCAAAUAUCAAUCACAUUUACAUGGCAGACUGCAAGGGGAUAACAGACGGCAGCCUCAAGUCACUCUCACCUUUGAAGCAGCUUACUGUGUUGAAUUUAGCAAACUGUGUAAGAAUUGGUGAUAUGGGACUAAAGCAAUUUCUUGAUGGUCCUGCGAGCAAAAAGAUAAGAGAGCUAAAUUUGAGUAACUGUAUCUACCUGAGUGAUGCCUCUAUUGCAAAACUACCAGAGUGCUGCUCCAAUUUGAACUACCUGAGUUUACGAAACUGUGAACAUCUGACUGACCUAGGAGUUGAACAUAUCGUAAACAUCUUUUCUUUGGUAUCAGUAGAUCUCUCUGGAACAGACAUCACUAAUGAGGGCUUGAUGAUACUUUCCAGACACAGAAAAUUAAAGGAACUUUCUCUAUCUGAGUGUGAUAAAAUCACUGAUGUUGGAAUUCAGCUAUUCUGCAAAGGCUCACCGAUCUUGGAACACUUGGAUGUCUCUUAUUGCCCUCAGCUGUCAGAUGAGAUUAUUAAAGCACUGGCCAUUUACUGCAUUAGUCUCACAUCUCUCAGCAUUGCUGGCUGUCCAAAGAUUACUGACACAGGGAUGGAGAUGUUAUCGGCAAAAUGCCAUUACCUGCACAUUUUGGAUGUUUCUGGUUGUAUCCUGCUUACUGAUCAAAUGCUUGAGGAUCUUAAGAUGGGAUGCAAACAACUCCGGAUCCUAAAGAUGCAAUACUGCAGACUUAUUUCCAUGAAAGCAGCUAAGAAAAUGUCAUCUAUUGUUCAGCAUCAGGAACACAGCUCUGCUGACCCUCCACUUUGGUUUGGCUAUGACUGGGAAGGCAAGCCUCUUACAGAGCAACAAGAUACAACACCAUUUAAAGAUUUAGAAUUGACCAUGAAAGAGUCAACAUACAGUAGUGAAGAGCAAGUAGUAUGACCUUCAGCCUCAAGGAAGAAGAACAAAAAAAUCUAGAA